CUCUAUCUCUCUCCUCUCUCUCUCUCUCUGCUCUUGUUUGCUUUCAUUUAUCUCUAGAUCUUAAUUGUUUGUAUGAUUGUAUCUCUCUCAACGUACAUAUGUAUGAGUAUCAUAAUGUUCUGUGUUUUUUCUUGAGAAAGUUUGGGGAUUUUGUGUGUUGAAUCUGGGGUUUCAGUGUUUUAUGGAUGUACAUUGUGUGUUUUGUCAAUUAAGGGACUUUAAAUCAUUACUAAUGUGUUAUUUAGUUUGGUAAAGCAUUGUAAUAGAGUUCUAUGCCAAGUAUAUAUUGUUGGGGGAAAAAAAAUCCUUUUGUAGGAGUUUAAUUUACUUAAUUCUUCCUUGAUUCUGAUCAUAGUUGGCAUUAGUUGCACUUCAAGGGCCAAGAUGGUUGCGAAAGACUAUACAGUGGAUUUGAAUAAACCCCUUGUUUUCCAGGUUGGUCAUCUUGGAGAAUCUUAUCAGGAAUGGGUUCACACGCCCAUUGUUACACAGGAAGGCCCUCGUUUUUUUGGGAAUGAUGUUGUGGAGUUCCUCACACGCAAUGACUGGUGGGUGAUUCCUCUCAUUUGGUUUCCAGUUGUAUGCUGGUUUGAAACCAUGUCUUUCCGGAUGGGCCAUGACCUCCCUCAGAUAGCAUUAAUGAUUGUGACUGGCAUUUUUAUAUGGACAUUGAUGGAAUACACUUUACAUCGCUUCCUCUUCCACAUACAUACUAAGAGCUACUGGACGAAUACCCUUCAUUAUCUUCUGCAUGGUUGCCAUCAUAAGCAUCCCCAAGAUGGCCUGCGACUUGUUUUCCCUCCUGCUGCAACAGCUAUUCUCUUGGUGCCGUUAUGGAAUUUGGUGAAACUCGCAGCUACGCCUUCUACCACACCGGGGUUGGUUGGUGGUGGUUUACUCGGGUAUGUACUGUAUGAUAUGACCCAUUAUUACCUGCAUCAUGGACAACCAACAAGCAAGGUACCAAGAUAUCUCAAGAGAUAUCACUUGAACCACCACUUCCGUAUACAGACCAUGGGAUUUGGUAUAACCUCCUCACUUUGGGAUAGAGUAUUCGGAACACUACCAGUAACAAAAGCAGCUGCAAAGAGUAGAUAACUGAAUUCAUGGUUGCAUUCUUACCUAAUAGUGUAACCAAGUAAUAGUGCUUAUGGAAUUCUUUUCUUAUACUCAUAUAAUCUCUUAUUCACUACAUAUAAUGUUCAGUUUGCUGGAAAAAUAGUUUGCAUACUGCAUCAACCUUAAAAUGUAUCAGCAAUAUAUUUAAGAAUUUUCUAUGCAAAUGCAAGGAUAUAAAAAUUUCCCAAGAGAUUAUGUCUAUAUUUCAACUACAUCUAUAUACUAUUAAAAUAUAGUAGUCAAUAAUUUCAGCAAUGAUCUGAAGAACAGGAGCGAGUUCAGCAACAACUUCUGUCUGAUUCCAAGGUUAGCUUCUUUGAUUCCUCAACUGAAAAUUCUUGCAUUGUCUUCAUUCCUUGAACACAAACCAAAGUUGGCAUAUAACUGAAACACAAUCUGAGGAUCAAAGCUGGGAUAUAAGUGCUACACUUUCUGGGGACAGAAUGCUUGCUCUUAUGCUCACACCUGAGCACCUCAGUUUUCUUUGUUUUGGGAUCACAGAUAUACACCGGGCCUAUAGGACAAGCAACCAAAUUGUCACCACCAUUCUCAAAACAAUUGGAAGGCCACAGAGCUUCAAGAGAAUUAUUUAUGGGUCCAAUAGUAUAAAUCUUACUCCAAACACCAUGAUCAAAAGACUCGUUGUCCAGAGAAUAGAUAUCAGCCAUGUUAUCUCGAUACGCCAACCCAACAAAACAAUCCUUGAUAUUGACAAACUUGAAAUCUUUGCCGCGAAUUCUGACCGAAUCCAAAUAUGGCAACAUUGUGAACUCAUUACUUGCAGCCACAAACUUGUAUCCGAAGAUGAAUUUACGCCUACGCCUCAUUCCGGGCAAAAGAAAAUAUGUUAUGCAGCCCCAGUAAGGAAGUCCCUUUACAAUAGUAAUAGGAGGUGUCAUAAAGUUACUAGGUACAAACAACAUGGAAUGAUCAGGGUUAACUGGCACUCCAGUCCAACUACCAUACUUGAAUGAGUAAACAGAAAAUCUUGUGGAGGAUGCAGUAGAAUGAUUGUAACCCACCACCACCAGUUUAUAAUCGUUCUGCACAUGAUCCCAGCUGAAUCCUCCGAGAAGCUGUGCAUCACAAUUCUCCGAAUGCUCAGAUGGAAGGCGAAUUUCCAUAAAUUUCCCCAAAACCGGAUUCCACAAACAGAACACUUUUCCUGUGAGAGAAGCCAUGCAGACUAAUCCGUGAAUAGAACCAAGCAAGAGAUUAUAGGCAGCGGAAACUGCAGGGACCUGAUUUUCACUGGAGUGCGAUAAGAUGAAGAUUCCAGGGCCAAGAGGGUCUUUCUUGGCUAUAAGAAAAUCUCCUUCAUCUUUGUGGGAAUGGGAGUGUAGACGAUGGGAAUUUAUGAAUUCAGGAGUGGAGAAUAGAGUUUUCCAGGAUUUACAAACCAAGCUGAAUCGCGCUAUAUACUUUGCUGGUAGUCGAGUGAGUAUCUCAUUGUGUAUUAUAUGUUGUGGUAGCUCAUGAGUGCUUCUGUUCCUUCGAGUUCUCUUUCUUCUAUGCAUGACGAGGAUUUUGCAGCA